GUCUCGACUUCCAUCGGACAGUAGACUGAACAAAUCGAAGCACGAUUCGUAAUUAGUAUUUUAGCAUAAAAUUUGAUACCAGAAACGUGGUUCGUUUUUUUUGUCCCUUUAGUUUUUGUUUUUGUUGCUUGUGAAACAUGGAUACUUUACGAAUUUUAACAUUGUGCUUGUGCUUUGUAGCUGCUUUUGUUUACGGCCAAGUGCAGCCAUCGAACCCCGCAGAACCUGUCUCACAGACUUGUCUAGGAUGUAUUUGCGAAGCGUCGUCUGGCUGUAACACAACUCUAAAAUGCAAUGGAGAUGUUUGUGGGCCUUUUCGAAUAACUUGGGGCUAUUGGCAUGAUGCAGGAAAACCGACAUUCAAUAACGAAUCACCUGAUUCAAAAGACGCUUUUGCAAAUUGUGUCAACGACGCUUUCUGUGCCGCUAGAGCGAUUCAAGGAUACAUGACUAAAUAUGGUCAGGACUGCAACGGUGACGGCAAAGUUGAUUGCGAUGAUUAUGCUCGAAUCCAUCGUCAUGGAGGAUAUGGAUGUUCUGCUCCUUUAGAUCCAGCAUAUGAAACUCCUUACAAACUUUGCAUAACCACUUUUGGCUAAUUAUAAUACAUUAACAGUCUUAAAAUAUUUAAUUAAGUAAACUUCAUUUUCGUUUUAAUCACAUCUAUCACUAUUUUUUAAGAAAAAAAAUUGUUUUUUUGCGUUUUAAGUAAAAAAAGAAGAAAUUUUUUGAAAAAAAUAAAUGAAAAAAAGAAUGAAGAGUCAAUAAACAUAGUAAAUAUAA